AUGAUAAAACUCGUGUCGGGUGUCGUUAACUCAUUCACGCAGUUGGACAAUGCACUUUUGGAGGAACUUAUGCUUAAACUCACUGAAGACAGAAGUACUCGCAUGGUCGACUGCCUACCGGGAAUUCUGAAGGAACUCUCCGAUCAUGUGCGGGAUCCCGGCCAGGAAUGCCAAGAGCAACAUAAGCAACUGUGUAGCCAACAAGAGUUGCAGCAGCAGCAGCAGCAGCAGCGCUUCGAGCGGCGAGAAAACACCCCUCACGCCUCAGAAGUGACUCGGCUGCUGAACCUUGCGAUGGAUAGCGGUCCCGGUGCUGUGAAAUGGACGGCGGUGGAAAGUGAAUUGAGCAACUUUCUGCGAUCACUCAUGGCGGGGCGUCGACAGGUGGGGCUGAAGGAAAGCGCCAGCCAAACUGUGCAAGCCCUGGGGCCAUUGUUUAAUGUUUUGACUUCAACGGCUGACACUGAUGGUAGUGAAGUGGAGAAGGAUGCACUGAUGCCGCUUAGUUUCUAUAGGGGCUUUUACGCCCGUGCCGUGUCGUUACUGUUACAUCUUCACCUUUCGGGUUUUGACGGGAGCGACCGAAUUGCGUGGUUAAAGCGGUGUGGGUGGAAAGUUGAACUUUAUGACAUAUUGCUUCCCUUUAUACAGAAAGAGGUUGAACCACUAGAGAAGGAGUUGGUUUACCACUUUCAAGAAGGAAAGAACACAGCACGGAGGGAGGAGCCACAGCACUUUUUCUUGUUUCUCCAGCAGAUCUACACACGCCUGGUUAACAACGCCCGUGCGCACGGGUGGGCCCCCGAAGGGAUUGGGGAACAAGAUGGCGUCAACACAUUAAUUGCGCUUGGAAGCGCAGCCCUUGCGGCAACGGCCGUGUCAGUCUUCCGCAGCGCCUAUGGAUGGCACGAGGAGUCUGGUUACCUUUCGGUGAAGGAUUUUACAAUUCACGGUGUAAAUUGUCUUGUAGACUUUCUAACCAAAUCUGGUGGAAUUGUACACCUUGGUGCGCAAGCGGGCAUUGUAGAGCGGUUGAUCUCCCCGGAUAUUUUUUGCACCUACGCGGAAGCCGCACGUUCAUUUGUUUGCAAAGCCUUUGCGUCAGGGCAUCAGGUGCUGUGGCGACUCGAGUUUCUUACAAACUCACCGACGCUCACGGAUCAAACUGCAACGCUAAAGGCAGUUCGGGGGACGUAUCAUAUGCUUCGGUGUCUUGAGGCCAUCUUGCGUCGGUUGGCCGUCGUUUUUGCCCUCCUUCCAGCCUGCGUGAUUAUCACAUGGAAUUCCGUUGUGGUUCCAUCUUUAGUUAUGUUCAUGCAACACCUCGAAGAUGCCAAGGAAGAGGCAGCGUCGCUGUGUGAAACGCGCGCCGAGUUGAUUAUAACAUCAUUUCACUUGCUAGAUUCGGUACAAGCCGUCUGCUCUGCAGCGGAGGAGUGGCGUGAGCGUUUUUGCGAACAUUGUGGGGAGAAAGACGUCUCCGCCGCUCAACUCGGGAAAAUGACACGCUGGCGUGAAAAACUGAGGCGGGAGGUAACCGAAAGCACAUCACAGUUUCUUGCGCAUCUCUUUGCUGUAGAAGAGGUGUCGCCACGGGGUCUACAUGCGUGGGAUGGCAUUUUGCAGGGACUUCUGCACGGCCCCUCCACCGGAAGCAACAUCGUGCAAGAGGUCAUGAGAACUUCGAUACCGUGCCUCAUACCAAAAGAGAAGCGAAAGCACCUCAAGGAGUAUUGUGAGGCCACGGGAGCAAAUGCUUUGGCCAAUUUGCUGAGUGAAGAUGUGCUUUGA